UUCUCAAGUCAUGCUCGUUUAUGUUCCAGGUUGGUGUUUGGCAAUAUAAAGUUGUGGAAAUAACUGGCUGUUUACUUCGAAUUGUGUUGAAAAUGCUGGGAGAGAAAAAACAAUUGAUUGUGAAAAGAGACCUUUACACAGACCCCGCGUUUCCAGCCAGUGAUACCUCUAUAUUUUUUGAUUAUUGUACCCCGCUUGCCCAAUUCAGAGGUGAAAUAUCUUGGUUGAGACCUAAGGACAUUUGUUCUGCUCCUCGGUUAUUUUCAAACAAUCUGCAGGAUGUGCAAGUGAAACAGGGGAUUCUGGGAGAUUGUUGGUUCCUGUGUGCCUGUGUAGCUUUGCAGAAGAGUAGAUACCUACUGAAUAAGGUGAUCCCUCCAGGUCAGCCCAGCUGGACGGAUGAGUCGUACCAAGGCUGUUUCACUUGUCGAGUCUGGCAGUUUGGACACUGGGUGGAAGUAACCAUUGACGAUCGGUUGCCUUGCCUUGGGGGUAAACUCUGCUUUUCCCAGUGUCAGAUGGAGGAUUUGUUUUGGCUUCCGCUGUUGGAAAAGGCUUAUGCAAAAGUGCAUGGAUCUUACGAACAGUUGUGGGCAGGACAAGUGGCAGAUGCUUUGGUUGAUCUGACUGGAGGAAUUGCUGAAAGAUGGACCUUGAAAAGCCCUGGGAGAAACACGGAGAAAGAGAAGACUGGCAUGGUUUUGGAGAAAGCAGUGUUCAGGAGAUUAAUGAAUCUGAAGGAACAGUGUGUAAUAAGCUGCUCGGUUCUCAAUUCCAGACAAGGUGCAAGUGACCUAGGAGAAUUUCAUGCCUUUAUUGUGAUAGACGUGUUGAAUCUGUCUGAAGUGUCAGGGAAGGAAAUCUUCCUACUGCGAAUACGAAAUCCUUGGGGAAGGCGGUGCUGGAGAGGUCCCUGGUGUGAGGGUGGUGAAGGAUGGAGCCAGCUGGAUCCAGCAGUGGCCUCAGAACUGCUCUCACAGAUCCAAGAGGGAGAAUUCUGGGUUGAUGAAGAGGAAUUUUUCAGGGAGUUUGAUGAGAUUACCAUGGGCUUUCCAAUCAAUGAGGAAGGACAUCUCCAGAGCCUCUAUACAGAGAACGUGCUGUGUCACUCGCAGAAUCUUUUUGGAUCCUGGGUGAGAGGCCAGUCUGCAGGUGGCUGCCGUAACAACAGCAGCUUCCCUACCAACCCGAAGUUCUGGCUGAGAGUCUGUGAAAAGAGUGAGGUGUGCAUUGCUCUGCUGCAGAAACACAGGAAAUACAGUGCUGACUGGGCCGGGAGAAUUCAAAAUCUAUCUCACUUAGCAGAGGAAAAUCUGUCUUUGACUGAAGGCAUUCAGGGGAAGAAUUAUCAGGCUGUGGGAUUGCAUGUCUGGAAGGUGGAGAAGAAACGAUUUAACCUUCCAAAGACCCUCUCUACUCCUCCAGUUGUAGGUACCGUCUGCCACUCCUAUGACAGAGAAGUGCAUAUAUGCUGUGACCUUUCACCUGGGUUUUAUCUUGUUGUUCCGAGCACUUUUCUGAAAGAUGCAGUAGGGAAUUUCUUGCUUCGCGUGUUUUCGACGGGAAGGAUCUCUCUCAGGUAGGUUUAAAACAAAACAGAAAAUGUCUUAC